GGGGAAUCAGGCGAGCGGUGCAGCUUGUUGCCGGGGCGCAAAGCGAAGGCUGCGGGGAGCAGAACAGCCUAAUAUCUGGAGACCCCAAUACCAGUGGGCCAGAGGUUAAGGACUCCUCCACUAUUUUAAUACUGCAAGGAACUCUGUACAUGCUCUGAGGAACUUGCAACAACCUAGCUGCCAGAUCUGCUGGAGAAGGAGUCAAUUGAUUUUCCUCUGUCGGAAUUGAACCUACCCUGAAGAUGGAGCUCCACGUGGAGGUCAAGCGGGAGGGUGAUGGAGAAUGUGGUUUCCUAGGCAUUGGACAAGUGAGUGCGGAGAAGAAUCUUCAGCGUGGAGGAUCUGAGCAGAUGGAACCCACUGAGGCAGUAGUAGGUGGAGCACAAAGAACUGGGUCCCAGGAACCUGGAAGACAAGAAGUGUAUGGAAGUCAGCAGGUGCCAGCACUGCAGGAGGAGAAGUCUCCUGAUUUCCCCACAUCUGACCUGAAUCCUCCAGAGAGUCUGAAGAUGGAGUUCCCUGUGGAGGUCAAGCAGGAGGCUGAUAUAGAGGCCAGCUUGUUGGGAGAUGGGAAAGUGAGUGAGGAGAAGAAGAAUUGUCUUCGAGAAGGAUCAGAGCAGAUCGAACUCGAUGGGGAAUUAGCAAGUGGAGCAAAAGGAAUUACGUUCCACACGCUUGAAAUUCAUGAAAUAUGUAGAAGUCAGCAGAAGCUAGAAAGUCGUGCCAAUUUCUGUCCCGUCACCAGGCAAUCUCUUAUGAGAAACCGAAGUAUAACUGAAGCAUCUUCCUGUGAGAAAGAAAUGGAGGAAACUCAAUGUGGGGAAAAAGUCAGACAGAGCUCCGCCUUUCUGAAGAUUAAGCCAGCCCGCAAAAAAAGAAAAAACGUUGUAUGCUCCGAGUGUGGGAAAGCCUUUGUUUCAAAUUCGGCACUUUCUGACCAUCAGACCACCCAUACAGGGGAGAAGCCACAUCAGUGUUUAGUUUGUGGGAAAUGCUUUGGAUAUAAAGCACUUCUUGUGAGACAUGAAAUAUCCCAUGUAGAUGAAAAGCCAUAUAAAUGUUUAAAGUGUGGGAAAACCUUUGGUACCAGCACCAUCCUUUCAGACCAUGUAAGAAUCCAUACAGGAGAGAAGCCAUAUACUUGCGUAGAAUGUGGGAGAGACUUUAUUAAGAGAAGCCAUCUUGCGAGACACCAGCUGACCCAUACAGGAGAGAAACUCUAUCCAUGCUCAGAGUGUGACAAAAGUUUCUACUGUAAGUCCACCCUUACGGUCCACAAGAGAACUCAUACAGGAGAGAAACCCUACAAAUGCACUGAAUGUGGGAAAAGCUUUAGUCAGAGAUCACAUCUUAGAACUCACAAGAAAAUCCACACUGGAGAGAGGCCACAUAUGUGCGCGCAAUGUGGGAAGGACUUCCGCCAAAAAAAUGAUCUUGUUUUGCAUGAGAGAACACAUACAGGAGAGAAACCUUACCGUUGCCCGGAAUGUGGGAAAAGCUUUAGCCAGAGCUCCCAGCUUUAUGUGCAUGAAAGAAUCCAUACGGAUGAGAAACCAUACAGAUGCUCAGAGUGUGGGAAAAAUUUUCGCUGGGAAAGUAGCCUUAAAAUCCAUAUGAGAAACCAUGCUGGAGAUAGACCAUAUGCUUGUUCACUAUGUGACAAAACCUACGGUACAUUGUCCCAUCUUACUAGGCACAGGGAGACCCACAUGGCCGAGAAGCCACAUGAGUGUCUGGAUUGUGGGAAAAGGUUUACUCAAAACAGUGACCUUGUUAUACACAAAAGAAUUCAUACAGGCGAGAAACCAUUCACAUGCACAGAUUGUGGGAAGAGCUUUCGUUGGGAAGGCAGUUUUAAAACACACAGAAGAAUACACACAGGAGAGAAACCAUACAAAUGCUCAGAGUGUGGGAAAUGCUUUAGAUGUAACCGUGUACUAAAAACACACAUAAAGUUACACCAAAAAAAGCAGGUACAUAUAUGCUUGGAUUGUGGGCGAAGCUAUGAUGAGGAGUCUCAACUGCUUAUGCACAAGAGAACCCAUGUCGCUGAGAAACCCUACACGUGCCUGGACUGUGGGGAAACCUUUGAUGUUAAAUCUGCUCUUUUAGUCCAUCAAAGGAUGCACACAGGAGAGAAACCUUAUCAAUGCUCUGUCUGUGGCAAAUGCUUCACGCAGAAUUCAACUUGUAAUGCACAUAUGGGAAUCCAUACAGAAAGGGAACUAAAAGGGAAUUCUAAGAAAUUGCUUGGAGAAUGUGCUGAAUCAGAACAGGGCUCCAACUCUGUCUUUGUUUCUUGACCUCGUUUGUAGUGCAUAUGUAGUGGGAGAGGCCGCAGCCCAGGGGUUCUAUUUACCCCAUUCCCUUUUCAACCAUGUUCUUUGUCCUCCACUUGCUGAAUGAAGCAAUCUUAUGCCUCGGCAGGAAAGAAAGGAGGCUGGAGGUGACCAAAAUGAUCUCCGUUGCCCAGACAUUGAAGGUUCGAAUGGACUUGUGACUGUAUCUGUUGAACUGGAUGAUUAUG